GUGACAACUUAAACUUGACCAAAAUUCGGACGCGCAAGAAACCAAUAACGGUAAUUCACAACCAUUUCAAAUACAUUCCUGUCAAACAUACAAAUUGGCGCGUCGCAACACAUUUUUUCAGUGAGUAAUGUGCCAGAUCCAGAUACAUUAAAGAUGUCGCAAAAAUUACCAUUGAUUUGUCUUUAUCACAACAAUGUGCCGGACAUUAAAAAAGCAAUUGAAACCGGUCGAAAAUCAUCGUACAAUCGAAUUGUUACUCGUUUAAAAAGUCCACAACUUGCUCAUCGUAUUAAUGCUAUUAAAGAUGAAAGUAAAAACGAUGUAUUGACUCGAUCAGAUUUAUUAUUGAGCAUUGAAGAAUGGCGUCAAACCAUACUAAAAGUUAGCGAAAUCGGCGACUGUGAUUCACACAAUAAAGGUGUUCGAAAUGCAGCUAUACGAAUGUUUAAAGAGGAAAUAACGUGGUCCAAGCAUCUGGAUUCAAUCGCCUGCAUCAUUGUGACCUUGAACAAUGACGAAUCAUUCAAUAUGGCGCGACAAUUGUUGGAAAAAUUUGAUCGUGCCGGUUGUGUACUGACCGAAAUCCCAAUCAUUGACACAUCUUAUUUCACACAAAAGUACAGUCAAAAUCAAGGUGGUGUCAAUAUGGUUGAGUUAAAGUCAUCAGCCACUGCUGUGGUAUGGAAACGAUGGAACCGAUUUCGAUUGAGCACCGAAUUUAGUGGACACAUUAAGGUCGCGCUCCAAUUGACCGCAGUAUUGCCAAACGAUUUUGAGAUAAGACGAUGGUUUGGUGAACCAGUCGAAAUGAUUAUCAUACCAGCGAUGGCAUUUGAAAGAUUGAAUAACAACGACCAGAUCAGCUUGAAAGAAUGUUACAGCCAAGUUUGUCAAGAAUUUUGGAUUCGAACUGGUGCCAAUUUUGCGGUUCGUUGUACUGUCGAAGAUCCUUAUAUUGACGCUUAUCCAAAGUGUUUACGUAAUAUUCUUUCAAAAUAUUGCAAAGAAAUGCCACAUCAAUGCAACAAAUUGGAUCGAAGCGGAUUGAAAUUGCCAUUUACAACAGCUGACACUUUGAACAACUGCACCAAAUACCAAGAAAGAUUACUGAAUUUUUAUGCCAAAGCUAUACAACUUGCAAUUGAGGAUCGUUUACAGUUAAGCGAUAAGAUACGUGUGCUAAUUUCUGGUUCAAAUGGAUGGAAUUUACUGAAUUACAUUAUGACAAAGUUCAAUGAUUCGGAUGCAGUGGAGGUGUUCAUUUUCGAAGAGAAUCCAUGUUCACAACUCUUAAUCAAUGAAGCCAUCGAACACUUGUAUGCCGACAGAAGUAAGGAAACGGUUACACGCGUAACAGUUUUAAACGAUUUGAAACUCGAAGAAUACUACAAGACAAUGGAUAUCGUUGCAUCAAUUACAUUCGAAUCGAUUUAUGAAAGCCAAUGGUUACAAUUCAAUUUCGAUCGAGUAUGUGAAUACAUUCGUCCCGGUGCCAUUAUGAUACCAUAUCAAUCAACACUGACAAUUGUGCCGAUUACAUCGACGUCAACGUAUACUUUUCUACAGGAGGGUUCAAUGGAAAUCAUGCAAAAUGGUUUCGAAAACUAUUCAAAACGUGCACAAACAAUGAGUCCACUGUAUACACGAAAUUUGUAUGAAUGUUCAAAUAGCCAAGUUCUUUUUUCAUUCAAAUAUCGAUGUUUUCGCACUGAUAAACGAAGCAUUCGCAUUUCAAGUGAUACACGUAUGAAACGCUUGGAAUUUAUGAUCGAACGAGAUUGUGUGGUGACUGGAUUUGGAAGUUAUUUUCAAGCGUUGCUGUACAAAGAUAUAACAUUGAAUAAUCAAUCAUGGCUUAAUGCAAACAACAAAAACUGCGUUCCGAUGGCGUAUUUCCCAUUGAAGACCCCACAAACGCUUAACGUUCAAGAGCGAUUGAAGGCUGUGUUUUGGCUGCAUAACGAAACUGACAAACAGAAAUAUUGGUACGAAUGGCACACAACGGCACCCAUUCCAACAGCACUGCACAAUUUAAGAGGAAACGCUUUCACUCUUCAAUUACCACCGCAAUAAUUUCAUCCGCAAUACUAUACUCAACAAACGAUUCGUCUUUUUUCCGUAAUUUUCAUUUUAUUUCUUAUAGUUUUAAUGGAAAUUUUUUAACAAAAUUCUUUUCAAUAGAGAAUUUCAUAUAAUAUCAAUACACAACGAUAAUUUAACUUCAUGAUAUCAAGUAUUUUUUGCCAUAAGUUUGAACCUUGCGCUCAAAUUGCUGUGACUUGAUCGCCGUAUUAUGUGUGUAGAACGGAUUUAAUGAAUGUUUCAGAUAAACUUCGUAGACAUCAUUGAAAAAGUUUUUGAUUCCUUCGUCGUUUCGAUUGUCGUGCACAACAAUGAAACGAAUUUGACUUGCUGUUACGAAUGCAGACACAAACCAUUGAUUGAACUUAUCAAUCGAUUUCAAAUACAUGUUAUUCGUCUUCCAUUUGUGCUAGUAGAAUAGUUAUGGAAAAAAAGAAAACAAGAUUAUAUAUUGUCGGUUAGUUGAUAAGUAUUUUCCAUUUUGUUCUGUAGUAAAAACAUUAAUCAAAAAAACCAAAUAAAUAAACACAAAUCAAUAAAAACCAAAUCACCUCAUCAACCAAAUCGAGUGCUGCAUGGGCGAUAAACUGAUUCAAGUGACGAUGAUCUUCUUUCUGUGCGUGGAAAAUUGGUAAAAAUAGUGGAAAA